GAAAGCUUCGCCAGCCUCCUCGGCUCCCGGCCCUGCUUGAAGGCAGAGCGUGGCUGAGUUUUGUGACACGAAAUCGGCGGCGGCUGUUGGGCCGGCCCGGAUUUUUCGCCGCCAUGAGCCGGAGCUAUAACGAUGAGCUGCAAUAUCUGGAUAAGCUGGACAAGAACUCUUGGCGCAUCAAGAAGGGCUUCGUGCCCAACAUGCACGUGGAAGGUGUGUUCUACGUGAAUGAUCCUUUAGAGAAGCUGAUGUUUGAAGAGUUAAGGAACUCUUGUCGAGGGGGAGGUGCUGGUGGCUUUCUGCCAGCCAUGAAGCAAAUUGGAAAUGUGGCUGCGCUGCCUGGCAUCAUCCAUAGAUCUAUAGGGCUUCCUGAUGUCCAUUCUGGCUAUGGGUUUGCCAUCGGUAACAUGGCUGCCUUUGAUAUGAAUGACCCAGAAGCAGUGGUAUCUCCAGGUGGUGUCGGCUUUGACAUCAACUGCGGUGUCCGGCUGUUGCGUACCAACCUUGAUGAGUGUGAUGUCCAGCCUGUGAAAGAGCAGCUGGCCCAGUCCAUGUUUGACCACAUUCCUGUUGGCGUAGGAUCCAAGGGCGUUAUUCCCAUGAACGCCAAGGAUUUAGAAGAGGCUCUGGAGAUGGGAGUGGACUGGUCCCUGCGUGAGGGUUAUGCCUGGGCUGAGGAUAAAGAGCAUUGUGAAGAAUAUGGGAGGAUGCUGCAGGCUGAUCCAAAUAAAGUCUCUGCAAGGGCUAAGAAAAGGGGGUUACCCCAGCUGGGGACUCUGGGAGCAGGAAACCAUUACGCUGAGAUUCAGGUUGUGGAUGAAAUUUAUAACGAGUACGCAGCCCGGAAGAUGGGCAUAGACCACAAGGGGCAAGUGUGUGUGAUGAUCCAUAGUGGCAGCAGAGGCCUGGGCCACCAAGUAGCUACAGAUGCCCUUGUGGCUAUGGAAAAAGCGAUGAAACGGGACAAGAUCAUCGUGAAUGACCGCCAGCUGGCUUGUGCCAGGAUUGCUUCCCAAGAGGGGCAGGAUUACUUGAAGGGAAUGGCAGCAGCUGGAAACUAUGCCUGGGUCAAUCGUUCUUCCAUGACUUUCCUCACUAGGCAGGCUUUUGCAAAAGUCUUCAAUACUACCCCUGACGAUCUGGAUAUGCACGUGAUCUAUGAUGUAUCUCACAACAUUGCUAAAGUAGAGCAGCACGUGGUGGAUGGGAAAGAGCGGACCCUGUUGGUGCACAGGAAAGGAUCGACCCGGGCUUUCCCUCCUCAUCAUCCCCUCAUCGCUGUUGAUUACCAAUUGACUGGUCAGCCAGUGCUGAUUGGUGGAACUAUGGGAACGUGUAGCUAUGUCCUUACUGGUACAGAACAAGGCAUGACAGAAACUUUUGGGACCACCUGUCAUGGUGCGGGCCGUGCACUGUCCCGAGCUAAAUCGCGACGCAACUUGGAUUUCCAGGACGUGUUAGACAAGCUGGCCGACAUGGGGAUUGCUAUCCGUGUUGCCUCUCCAAAACUGGUCAUGGAAGAAGCACCUGAAUCUUACAAGAACGUGACAGAUGUCGUUAACACCUGCCAUGCAGCUGGCAUCAGCAAGAAAGCCAUUAAACUGAGACCCAUUGCAGUUAUCAAAGGCUAGAGAAAUUGACCAGAAUUAUCAGUAUCCAAGAUCUUUUUGCGACCUUCAGUGCUUGGUGACUGUAUUCUCUGUCUAGGUGGAGACAUCAACUGACAUAGAUUCUUUUUGUUGUUGGAACUCAUGGAAGUAAGAAGUGUCCAGAAAAUGUUCUUUGUUCUGAGAAAAGGGAUAAGCCAAGACAUGUUGCCUUCUUAUUUUAUGGAGUGAUAACUGAAACUAAUUGAAUUUCUUUUAGCAGAGUGUUGAAGAAUGGUCUUUACCUUUGCAGUUGACUUGCACUCUCCGUACAGUUAAUACACCUGUAUCCAAUUCUAUCAUUCUCUUCCUCUGAAUUGUGGGGAAAUGUUUUUUGAGGGAAAUGUUCUUGAUGUAAACCAAGUACCUCUGCUUCAAGACUGAAAUAUGACUAUAACUAUGACCUUAUUUCAGCUAUCAACAGAUGCUCCAAACAGUUGAAAGAGAAGUUUUGCAUGCUUGAGUUACAAGAUUGCCACUCAUCCAUGUGACUUGGAUAGUUGCCACACGUAAAAGUCCUUGAUCAGAUAGGUGCAUUGUGACUCUCUGUGCUAAUAGAAGAGGCUGUUGUCUGAGGGUAAGUUAUUUUGCCCCAUGGCAUGUCCCAGGGUAUACUAAGCAGUGUGUACCUCAUGCCACAUAAUCUAAUAGUGACUGUGGCACAGGUAUUGCUCUGGUGCAAUGCUUUUCUGUAUAUGUCAGUGACACCUAUGGUUAAUCCGUUAGCAGGUGCGGUCUGGCUGUUGAAAGGACUAUGGCACACUAUGAUUUUAGGAUAGCAGUGGUGAUGGAUUGAUGGGAUCUGGACCACGAGUAUGACUUUGACACUGGCAAAGUCUUUUGUCCUUUUGCAUUUGAUUGAAAUCCUGGAAGUGGCUUACCAGAACAGAGGUCUUGAAACUUCUGAAUAAAAUGGAGAAGACAAGACGGUCAA